AUGGAGGAGAAGGCUGCAAGGAGCCUGGGUCCGUGCUUAUUCCUCAAGCCGCAGCACCAGCCCUGUUCUGCCUGUUGCCAGGAUAUCAAUGCUUACAACUGUGAGGAGCCCACAGAAAAGUUACCUUUUCCCAUCAUCGAUGACCGGAAUCGGGACCUCGCCAUCCUGUUGGGCAUGCUGGACCCAGCAGAGAAGGACGAGAAGGGCAUGCCUGUGACGGCGCGUGUGGUGUUUGUUUUUGGCCCUGAUAAGAAACUGAAGCUGUCCCUCCUCUACCCCGCGACCACCGGCAGGAACUUUGACGAGAUUCUCAGAGUAGUUAUCUCUCUCCAGCUGACAGCAGAAAAGAGGGUUGCUACUCCGGUUGAUUGGAAGGUUGGAGAUAGCGUGAUGGUCCUCCCAACAAUCCCUGAAGAGGAAGCCAAGAAACUCUUCCCUAAAGGAGUCUUCACCAAAGACCUCCCAUCUGGCAAGAAAUACCUGCGCUACACGCCCCAGCCGUAGGUCUCACCCUGCACAGUGAGCCAGCGGGUGCCAGCUGCCAGUCAUGUGUCCUACAGCGAUUCCAUAGAAACAUCCCACUAUGAUUACAGCCACGGUCUCUAGGUUGUUGUCCUACUGGCUUAUUAAAUGAAAAUGGCACUAAACACCCCGUGGGGUUCUUUGCUUCGUGCCUUCACCAGCAUUCUGUUCUGUUCCCAUGCCUCAGCCUUCUCUCCUGGCUCUCUGAAAUACAGUCUGUAUUUGAGACUCACA